AGAGCUGAAGACAGAAGAGCAGCAGGCGGCGACGAGCCCGUGUCGUGCGGAGCAGGCGCGGCGAAAUGAGCAGGGGCCGAGAGCCACAUCUGAUCCGGGAGACGUGGAGCCAAGUACCCAGAUCCCAGGUGAUGAACAGUAGUUGUAAUAGUAGAUCGUGUACAGCUGGAAGGUGUGCAGUCAUCCAGGUCUGGUGUCGAGGGCGCAGGACCGAGCGCUGGGGAUCGCUGGAGGCCGCUGAGGAAAGCUGCGCAGACGCCGGGAGGACCACUAGCUAAGACUCUGCUAUUCCCUUGUCCUGAAGACUUUUAUUGAUUGUGAUGCUCUUUAUUUAAUAUAUUUUAUCCUACAGACUGCUCUACAGCUGGGUUUAAGAUUUAGACACAGGCCACUGCCUUUUUAUUUAUUCUUUAUGAAUUUAUUGUACAUUUUAACCGGCUGGUUUUUGAAACCCUGCUCAUUUCUGCCUUUAUUUAUUUUUCGUUCCUAGUUUAACUGGGUGGCGUUUCUGGCUCAUUUCACUUUCUGUCAACUUAAAUUAUUGGCACCACCCAGUGUUACCAUGGCUAAAACAAUGGAGUUGGGACUGCUUGAAUGGCAUCUGUGAUAGCAGCUUUGCAACAGUGUGAGGGGGAAAAUGUGUCAAACCAAUAAACUCAUCUGCAAGACGCGUCUUCUGCUCUGCUGAGUAACAGAUGAUGUAAACGGAGCAGAUCCCCAGUGAUCUUUAAGCAAAUCAAAGCAAUCAAGAAAAAAAACUGUGACAUGGCAACAGUGACCAACCAGAUUCAUCCAUAUAAAUGUGUUCAUGUGGUCGUUCUAAAUGAAUCCAGAAGAAACGCGUCCUCUUGAGAAACGGAUGGAAGUGAAACAGAAACGCUCUCAUGCUGUGGAGUUGAUUCCAGUGUUGAACUGACAUCUUUCCUCUCUAACUCUCUCUGAGUUGCGGUCAAAAGGCAAACUGUGCAGCUGCUUCAUCCCCUGUUCUGCAGCAUUUUUGAGAUAAUCGGUGGUUGAAAGGCGGACACUGUCCAAGUCUUCAAAAUGAUUUUCUUUGGCAUUUCACUGAAUUUUAUCGCAUUUUUCUGAAGGACCAAUGAGAACAUGGCGCAACGUGAUCGUCUUGUGAUUCCACAAAGAUCAUUUAAUGUAAUUAAGCAUUUUCUUUCAGAACUACAGAGUUGUAAAGUAAACAUAUGUAAUGAAAAAAGCUGUUAUCUUUUUGCCUCUAAAUCUUACGGUCUGUGAAGAACAUGACGGUCUCUAGCAGUUGCUGUAUUUCAUCUGAAAUGAACGUUCUUGCUCUUCCAUCUCUUACUGAUUAUUUCAGUUCACAGUGAAUAUUCAACAGCCAGGGCUACUUGAACCGCUUCGUUCACAUCAAUAGCCAAAGGUGUUUUGAACUGAAUUUACUUUGAGUUUCAGUUUUGCUCCUCUUCUAACGUUUAUGCAACCCGAGUGCAUCGCAGUAUCAAAUGCGCUUUAACGGGUGAUGCAUUUCCAAGUCUUGACUAACUAGGUCAGGCAUGCUUAAGGUUAAGUGAAAAACGACUUCUGGUAUAGACGUUCGUUUUAAAUAAAUCACCUGAUGUGUAGUUCUAAGUUUCAGAUGCUUCAUAAAGUGUGUCAAAAAAACACAGCAGUCAUUUGUCUGUUGUACAACAUUUGGCCGCUUCUCAAGUUUCCAACAGAAGAAUGCUUGCUCAGUAGAUACAAAACAGGAAACCUGAACAAAAGAAAAAGUGUCUCUUUAAGGCUGACACGUAGCUUGACAUGUGAGGCAAAUUGUUUCCAAAUUAGGCAAGAAAAAGAGCACUGCUAGCAGGGCAAAGGAAUUUAGGCAUCAUUUUUAGAUGUUUAUUUAGACAUGAAGUGGGCAGGUGGAAAAAGGGAACACGUGCUUUUGUUCUGUAAAUAAACUACUAUUCACAGAAUAAAAAUAAACAGAUAUUACAUCAGGUAAAAAAACUUUGGUUUAAAACAAUUUUAGAGAAAAAUAAUAAUAAGAAAAAAAAGCUCUGAACCAUGUCUACUUUCUAUGGUAAAGAGUGCACUAAGGUAACUUUAGCCUCUUAUCAGUGGAGUGAUUCAGGGAAAAACAGAACAAAGAGAAACACGAAGAUACUGGACUCUGUCCAGGAAAGAGAGGCAACCAAAUACAAAAUCCGUUAUCCAGGAGUACUUUCUGUACAGAGAGUAUUCGUACUUACAGUGGCCCCCACCUAUCCGUGGCCUGUUUGCAGAUUUUUCUGUGGUAUGUGACUCCAAAUUAUUUGCAGAAAAUUCACCUCACAUGUUCUCUGGAGCCCAUCUGAAAUAAAGAAGAAGCAGCUUGAGAAGUUGCUAAAACACAAAGUCUUGCCAGGUACUUUUGGUCUAGUUUACAAGACCCGUAUUAUAAAUCAUAAUAUGGGGAUAAUGUCUUUUUUCCUCUGCCGGAUUAUUUCACUUAUAACUAGUACUUUCUCAUCAGUAUUAAGAAAUUAUUCACCUAAACUCCUUUUUUUUGUGCUGAAAAGUUACUUGCAAGUUAGUGUUGACUUAAUCCAAGUGUACUCAGAUAUUUACACCAGAAACCAGAUCAAAAAUACUUUGCAAGAUUUUGUGUUUUUGCAGUGCAAUGCUGCUUCACACAUUAUAAGUUGCUGCUUGCAAAGCAAUCUAGGAGCGUCACUCACUUUCCUUGGCACUGAUUGGCUGUACCUCAAGAGCGCACAUAAAGGGAGACUGUGGACGUUUAGCUUCUGCGUUGGCGUCAAAAUAAUUUCCACAGUAUUAAAGCAGACUGAAUAUACUUGGCGCCUUGAACUGUUAAAAUGGAUAUAAGCAUUUUAAUGGCGGGCCUCGAUUAUUUGCUGAUUUUAGCUGUUCACCAGGGUCCACAGCAACAGCUCUAUUAGUGACUUUAUCAAGAUAUGCACAGAACAACUGGGAGAAGUUUCCCUGAGAAUUGAGUAAAAUAAAGUGUUCACAGGCCUGAUGGUGGGAGUAGCUCUCUCAUUGAGUGUCUGCAGGAGACGGACACAGUUUAGCCACGGCUGUCCUCCAUUAGAGGAAAUGAAGGCAGAGAGAUCCCAAAGUCAACAAGAGCAAUAAUGUCACUUAUUAGUGACACUAUAGGGAGUAAAGUCAGCAAAGCAAGAAAAAUUUGUAGUAGGUCCUCCAGUAGUAUGAAUACAAAAUAGCUUAGGAAAACAUUAGCUCCUCUAACAAUAAUCAAAAAGUACAGUUUAGGAGCCAGUAGAGGAUCGCUAAGUAAACAGGAUGCUUGUUUUUCUUGCUUUGGACUAAAACUGAGGGAGGUUGUUGCAGACGAGGAGACUGUAGACAAAAAGCUCCGACUCUCUAACCACACCACCUAAGGGUGGAAGUGUAAAUAUUAGGCCUCACGUUUGUGUCAUUUCUGCCAAACUUGACCUUCACUUUGCAGCAAGUGCUAUCAUUGAGGAUCAAUUAUCGCACUGCUAAAAUACAUAUCAUCCCCCAAAAAUCUGUGACUCAUUGUUGGAUUUGCAUUUAGAAACUGCGCUCUUUUUUUACUUUCACUGAUUCAGAACUCAUAUGUUUAAAAACCUUGGGAAAAUUUGAGUUGUCACAAUGAACAGUGCUUACUUAACUGCGGUUAACACCAUUUUAAGCAGUUAGCCCUAUGCAUGAAUUUGCUUACGCAUUGAACUGAAAUGCACCAGCUCUAAAAUUAGGAUGGAAAACUCUGCAAAACAUUUGACUUGCAUUAAGCAACAAAAUAAUCGGAACUACACCAAUUUAAAAGUGCACCAUCGAUUGCUCCGGGGUCAAGUGAAAGUUAUGGUCAGAGGAAAUUUUCAAAGUUUCAUCUUUCUGCUCCACGUAUGCUUGCUCAGCAGAGUGUUGCUUUAGGUUCGCACAACGUUUAUGGCUCAGUUCUGCAAAUAUGAUAAGAGAUCUCUGAAGGGGUUUUAGCAGAUUAUGCUGGAGAGAUUUCCAAAUAAAAACUUCGAGUGUUGUGGGUAUUAACAGUAAUGAAUCAACAACUCAUAUCGGCCAUGAUGAUGGGACAGAGAGGAAGUCGACAUGACUAAGAAUUUCAUCGGAAGUCCAAGUGAUUGUUCACAUAAAUGAAACUCUUAUAAAAGCUGUUUUGUGUGUGUGUGUGUGUGUGUGUGUGUGUGUGUGUGUGUGUGUGUUCUGCAUAACACUGUGGAAGGGCAAAUGUCUACCAGAAUUACAAAAUGUGUGGUCACAACGCGUGUUGCCACAUCCGUGAAUGUGUGGCUGUCAGAGAGCAAGUGGUCAGUGUUGGAAGUCACCCAACUGUAAUGGCCCCGCAGAAAUGCAUUUCUGAGAGUUUCCUCUUUUCUUUGAAGAUUUGGCAACAGAAACUAGGGAAGAAAAACUACACACGCUUACACAAUCGUUGCAGUCUCUGCUUGUGUUCUGCGCCACCAAGCACUCAACAUAAACAAAUCACCGAAACAGUUCAAUGGACAAACAAUGUGAAAGUGAAAGACGAAUGCGGUGACUCUGUAGGUAAAAGACAAAUCGAUUUCCUCUAAAGAUGACAUUUGCAAAUAGACUCUGCGGGAGAACGAUGUGCACAAGAGCAGAGAUUGCGAUGUUGGUGGCUGAGGAAACGUAAAGGCACAGCUGCAGAACGUCGUGCAACUCGGUUCUGCAGAUCAAAAGGAAUCUCACCGAGGAGACCUAAAGCAGAGAGAGAGAGAGAGAGCUGUCAGCUGUUUGCUGUAAAGCCUUCACACAUUUUCUGCCACUGGCGAUAGCGGCACAAAGUGGUGGGCUGAGUGUGAUAUCGGCUGGUUUCGUGUAAUGUGCUCAAAAGUGCUGAUGACAGAUUCUUGGCACUGGUGUGACUCCGUUAGAAACCGGUUUGAAGGUAAGGGGUCAAACAAUGAGACGCCACAUCAGCACCUGAUCAGAAACGCCGCAGCACAGAUGACAAACUGUCAGACAUCUGAUAAGAUUGGGCUGAUUCAGCGUGACACCCUAUCGAUCUGAAACAAGGAAACCAAAGAAGAAGUGCCUCAUUACGUAAGGGUCGGGGUCUAAUAUUAAACGCCGCUGCAUAUCGAACACAUCAACACGAAAAAUUCUGAUGACAGGCAUUUCCGCGAAGUAGAUGACUAAAAGCUGACUCACUGAAUUAUGUGGUUGCAGCCCACUUAGGUUCAUCUGGUCAUUUGGUGUGUGAGCACAUCAGUCACCUGUCAACAGCUGCUUCUUUCAUUCUUAAAAUACCCCGGUUUAGACAACUCAUGUUGGCGGGAAUUUAUACGUAUUAAGUGCUUGACAGUCACAAAAGAUGGGUGGGGGUGAGAUGUUGGAUAUUGAAUAAAAUCUCACUUCUAAUCUUAUCUUUUGCAAUGAGGAAAUUGAACCUAUUUGAAAAGAUUCCAUUUUUAUGAAAUGAUGAAAUACGAACAGCUUUAUCAGCUUUUUUUCCCCCUAUAGUUCCUUUUUUACAUGUCAUAUUAAGACUAAUUAAAUUAUUGACACAAAUUUCAAAAGUCCAUUUUUUUUUUAAAUCUGAAGAACAUUUGCUUUGAUCUGAAUUUAAAUCUGCUGAAGCUAUUGUUUUCCACAUUUUAAUUUGACUUUUAUCAGUAGUGUCGGUUUUCCGUCGAUAAGAGGAAUUUACUGCAGACGCAACAACAUGAAACUGAACAGUUUCUGUUUUGGCUGCUGUCUCCCACAGAAAGGCUUCAUGAAAACAGAUGAAGUAUUCGGAUGCCUUUGUGAUUAAUAACAACUUUUCUUAAAAAUUUAGGUACAAGUAAAUAUGAUUUUGAUACUAUUUCACUAACGAUGAACUGUUUUUUGUUUUUUUUUUUUUUACCAAAAAAAUUAAUAUAAAAAGACUCCAACCACUUAUGUACUCAUGAAAGCUAUUGUGUACAAUGUCUUUCAUAAAGGCUUUUUUUUUCUUUUUUUUUUUUUUUACUUUUUCACAAUUUGUCACAUUACCAUCAAAAAUUUACAACCUAAUUUUACAAAAAUUUAAUCUUUUGUUGCAUCUAAACCUACUUGUAUUGAUUGAUUAACUUGUAACAAAAAUCUCCCAAUCAGUUUAGGCCUGGACUUUGACUAUGUAACCGGGUCGCUUUUCUCUUUUGGUAUAGUUACACAAAAUGUCUUUUAUUUUUGGUUAUUUGUAUUGUUCUCUACCUGACUUGAACACCUUUAAAAACUCUGUUAUUGUUCUAACCGUGUAACUUUAAGAUUGGGAGGCCCUCUAAUUUAUUUCUUCUUCUAUGGUAUUGUCGUUAAAUUGUUUGCCCCCCUUACACUCCCACCUUUUGCCAUGUUAUCCUGCGGGAGAUUCAUUAAGUAAAUUUUUGUUAUCACCAUUAUAAUAAAUGAAUCCAUUCUGUGCUGUAAAUAUUUAAGUGAAUCUACAAUUGCAAAAUAGCAGGAAUUAAGCUUAGUUUUCAUUUUGUUUUGUGUAGAAAAAACAGCGAUUCCAAAGAAAUCCUGUGUCAUGGCCUAAUUUUUAAAUGAAACCAGCACAAUGCAGAAAGGGUGUGGUUAUGACUAGACUAUUCCAAUAUGUGCUUUCAUCCAAAAUACUUCUAAAUGGUCCUCCUGGAUCUUUGUGGUUGUUGUGAAACCUCCGUCCCAAGUCUCAUAGUUCCAACAGGCGUCUUCGUGUGAACGUCUUCUCACUUUUCACCCACAAUUUUAAGACAGAAGACGAUUAUGUUCUUUCGCUGCUCAGCACAAAUCGAAGGACAUGCUCAUUUUUCUUCCAAUGUGCAGAUAUACUACAAAAGUAUUUGUUCUCUUUCGUCUUCAUGCUUGUCUUUUCUGCGGGCUGUUCCGACAUGCAUCACUUUCUGCGGCCAUCAAAAAGUUCAGGGCGCAACUAAACCUUUCUGCUUAGCUAAUUCCUUGAAGAGCACAACCAUUUUAUCUUCAUGAGUUACACACAAUUCAUGGUUAACCCUAACAAAUCAUACUUAAACGCAUCUGCAGAUUGUGAAGAUCGUCAUUGCAAAGCUCAUAUUAGGAGGUGGUUUACCACUACGGCUGAAUGGUAAAAUUCUUGAAAAACCAUGGGUUGCCUAACGCACAGACUCAGGCUAAUCAUGAGCCGGGCAGACAGACACAUGACAGCUGAGGGUAAGUGGACAUUCCAAAAAGUUCUGAGGGGAAAACACCCCUUACACUGUCUUCUGAUCGUACCCGGUUACUUCUCUGUGGUUUAUCAGUGCAGUACUAGUCUAGGUAAACCUCGACAGUGGAAUUACAAAAACAGAAAACAGAGAGCUGGCAUCUUCACGCUCCCCCACCCUCUUGUCAGUUUUCUUACGUAUAUCUGACACACAGAGAGAAUCCACAGCGUCAUCGCAGUCAAAUCACGACUCGAUAUUAUUUCCAUAUUGGGGGGGUUUAGUUUCAUUUGCCACUGAGGAGAAAAUGCUCAGAAAUAAUUAACUGUAAUCUACUGCAUUCAGGCCAUUAAAAAAAGUUGUAAUGUUAGUGCUUGUAAGCAGUUAUUACAGCACCAAUAAGUGUAAUAAUAAUAAUAAUAAUAAUAAUAAUAAUAAUUAAUAAUGGGUUUUAAAAUAAAAUUGGGUCAAUAUCUCAGUUUAUGCAGAGAUUACCAAUACUAUUACAAUAAAUAAUAAUAAUAUUGUUAUUUUUAAUAAUGAUAAUACAGUGGGUUUCUUGGACAUUUUUUAUGUAACAACAUAUUAUGUCAUAUCAAAUCCCUGCGGUUAAAGGUUUUUCCUUGAGUUUAGUUCAUGGGAGGAGCACAUUACUGCAAAGAAGAAGAAGAAAAAAUCCCCUAUAGAUUAACCCCUUCCGGGUAGUCUCCUCCCUUUUGCCUAUAUAAUGACAGCAGAAAUGAACCCCAAAUCAUGCACUUCUCAGCUCCAAAGAAGCAUCCUCCAAAGGAGCAUUUUUUGGUUUUUGUCCACUCGGAAAUCCACUGAGCCGGCCGUGCGUUCAACUUCCCCGAGGGUCCACUUUCCUGCAGCGUUUCUCCGUCUUGUCCAGCAUCAUGAAUCCUCAACUCCUGUCCGUCUUGGUCCUGCUGUCUUCCGUCUUCUCUGCAUGUUGCAGUCCAGUGUGCCACGACCAGUGCUGCCGCUUCGUGGAGGAGUUCCCCGUCAGGGUGCAGAUGCUCAGGGAGGACUACAGGAGGAUCAGAGGUUUCUAUGAAUCAAACGACGACUUUGACAAUGCACUGUUGGACCAGAGCGUCGAGGAUGCCUUUAAGAGCCAGUUUGCCUGUGAAGCCAUAAACAGCAUCCUGGAGUUUUACCUGAGCACGGUUCUGCCGACUGCGGUGGCCAGUGUGACCAUCGACAACAGUCUGAAAACCCAUGUGGAGUCCAUACAGCAGAUUUUUGAUGAGCUGAAGAGGGACGUCCACAGAUGCAGAAAAGUCUUCGAAUGCAAGAAGCCGUUUGACAUUAGGAGCCUAAAUUCAACAUAUACCGAGAUGGAGAGUAGAGGUGUGUACAAGGCCAUGGGGGAGCUGGAUCAGUUGUUCAACUACAUCGAGACGUACCUGGCGUCUCAGCGGAAGAGAAACUCUCAUUGAAGACCAGCUGACCUUAAUGAAGAUUAUUACUGCUGUGUGCGUUUUGGGAAGCAAAAUGGACAAUCUUUGAGUUUGAGACUAACAUGCAUCUACUCGAUCAUGUCCAGAACUAUGAAUGUAAUGUAUGGAAGUGUUGUCUGCUCUUCAGAGACAACAGACAGUCGUUUGUCCCAAGGACAUGUUUACUGUUUGAGAACCGUGUUCUGUCGUGCACAAAAAUGGAUGGAUGGAUAUUUUCAGUGCAGAGAGUAUUUAUUACUUCUAAAUGUCAUUUAAUGUAUUUUUUUUAUAUUUAUUGCAUUUUCUACUUUUUCAUAGAAAUAAAGAUCGUUAAAAACAA